ACAACACACGUCGCUCUGUGUCGUAACUUGCCUUUCGAAGACGUACUGCACAACAACUUUCUAAGAUGUGAGGAGGCUGUCCGAGAAAAACAGUGAUGGGGGAGUCAUAGUCAGCCUUCUUAAAGAUGUUAAUAUAACGAUGGGUUUCUCGCAUGACGCCGAGUUUUGGUUGUGCUAGUUUUUUUAAGUCGUCAAACUGGAGCGUACUGAAGAAAGAACGCACAGUUUGUCCCCGAUUCACUGACAGCUCGGGGUCUAUGAAGGAGAGGAAAAAUGAAGUUCGCUCAGUUUUUGCUGAAAAACGGCUCCGUAGCUUCGAUACCGAAACAAGUGGAGAGGUUUUCCAAGUUUUCCCCUUCUCCCUUAUCCAUGAAGCAAUUCAUUGACUUUGGUUCGGCCAAUGCAUGUGAGAAAACCUCCUUUGUGUUCCUGCGUCAGGAGCUUCCUGUCAGACUGGCCAACAUCAUGAAGGAAAUUGAUUUCCUCCCUGACAAACUCCUCAGUACUCCAUCCCUUAAGCUCCUCACCAGCUGGUAUUCACAGAGUUUGUUGGAGCUUAUAGAUUUUUUAGAAAAAGACCCAGAUGAUAAAGAUGUCCUGACAAACUUUACACAGACUUUGGUGAACGUGCGGAACCGGCACAACAACGUGGUUCCCACCAUGGCUCAGGGCGUGGUGGAGUACAAGGAGGCCUUCGGCGUGGACCCCGUCACCAACCAGAACGUUCAGUACUUCUUGGACCGUUUCUACAUGAGCCGCAUCUCCACACGCAUGCUCAUGAACCAGCACACAUUAAUCUUCAAUGGCAGCGUGAACCCGGCCCAUCCCAAACACAUUGGCAGCAUUGACCCCACCUGUGACGUUGUGGAGGUAAUAAAAGAUGCCUAUGAGACGUCAAAGAUGCUGUGUGAGCAGUAUUACUUGACCUCACCUGAUAUGGAGAUCACAGAAGUCAAUUCCAAAAACCCUGGCCAGCCUCUCCACAUUGUGUACGUGCCAUCCCAUCUCUACCAUAUGCUGUUUGAGCUCUUCAAGAACGCCAUGAGAGCUACAGUAGAGACCCAUGAGACGAGUCCAACGUUGCCCGUAAUCAAAGUGCGAGUUUCACUGGGAACUGAGGACCUCACUAUCAAGAUGUCUGACAGAGGAGGUGGUGUCCCUCUGAGGAAGAUUGAACGUCUCUUCAGCUACAUGUACUCCACGGCUCCCAGUCCCGUCCACGUAGACAACUCUCGCAAUGCGCCUCUGGCUGGUUUUGGUUAUGGCCUGCCCAUCUCCCGCCUGUAUGCCAAGUAUUUCCAGGGAGACCUGCAGCUCUACUCUAUGGAGGGCUACGGUACCUCAGCUGUCAUAUACUUGAAGGCCUUGUCCUCAGAGUCAGUGGAGAGACUCCCUGUCUUCAACAAGUCGGCCUUACGGCACUACCAGGCCAGCACAGAGGCUGAUGACUGGUGCAUGCCCAGCAAGGAUCCAAAGAAACUGGGCAAGUAUGAGCGGAGUCUGUGAUGAUAUACUGACUAAGAAUGAAUAAUAAAAUCAAGAAGAGGAAGGUCCAUGCUGGAAGAAGUGGAUAAACUUGUACUGUAAGCGGAAGAAGGCAGCAAGCACUUUCAGCAUGUUGCUGUUCCUGGACUUGUGUAUGUGGAAUCUGGUUUGCCCUUUCUCGCCCAAGGGAGAAACCUUAUUGUUGGUGUCAAGAAUCAGAUAAAUGUAGUGAAAUAACUGGGCUUAACUAUUACUGUCAGCCUCCAGGCAAUUUAACCACAUUUAAUUCCAUUAUAUCAUGAUUACAGGCUGCUAAUGGUAAUGGAACAAGUCAAGUAUUAAUCUCCUUUUGCCUACACGCGAUACACUCAUUUUUCAGUUAUUUAGCUAUAAUGAUGUGGAUACACUGUGAAACAAGCAUGUUAGCUUUUUGUGUUUAUGUUCUUUUUCUUUCAGUUUGUAUCAUUUCACAAUCAAAUGUUCAAUUAAAAUACUUGUUAUAGUUGUGGUUUUACAUUAGGUUAAAUGUGUAUCAGUGCCUUGAAAAAACCUAGUCGCUCAGGUGAAUCUGAAUGGGAACAUGUUCAACGUCUCCGACAUAAAGACAAAGGGAGCAAAGUCUGUUCCUCCUGUAGGCAUUUCAAGUCCUUUAUAACUUGCAGGACUGCUUCACACAAACAACGCCUGUGUUUGAUUUUCAGCCCUCAUACAUUUCAGAAACACUAGAAGAGUCAUAGGUUGUAUCAGUGACUCGUUUGUCAUUUUGCUCUGAUCACUUCAAUGUCAACUCACUCUGUUGGCUUAUUCAAUGGCAAUGUAAACAAGGGCUCUGAAUGUCAUUAGACUACCUAUGUUGUCCCUUUGCCUCAAAUUCAUGCAAGCUAAUACUUUUUUAUAAUUAUUAUGAAUAUUGAGAAAAUGUAUUAAGACAUGUAGGUGUGUAUGGAGUAGGUGUGUGAAAUGUGAAUAAGUGAAUUUUAAUUGCCACGUUAACCUUGACCCACACAAUAAUUUUCCUGUGUUGUGUCUUUUUUCCAAGAAAGUUUUCAGAGUUUCCCAAGAGUAACUGUCUAGAAUUACACAGCAGAUCUCAUGCAUAUUGAAGGUAAUUUGAUAAUAUCGCCCUAAGUGUUUUGUAAUGAUGCGUGUGUUGUACAUUUAAGUGACUGUAGACUUGUGUGAAAUGCUAAAUGUUGUUCUGCGGGAAACUGUAUACUUCAGCUUUCUCUUAUAUGACUGUAAGCCAUCAUGCUCAGAUUAGUGCAGCAUGUUUUCAGUAUUUGAUAGGUUGAUGCACACUGAGUUCAGUGUAACAGAGACAUAGGAACACCACAGACUGAUGCGCAGACAAAGCCUUUUGCUUUAAGUGCUAAAUAUUUGAAAAUUAAAAUAUUCUUAUCACGUUCUAUCAUUUUACAUAAUAAUAUCCAAUUAUUUUUGAACAAGUAAACAUGUUUUCAUACUGUGCUACACCAUCCUCAAAGGCCAAGUGUUACUGUACUGAAGCUGUGGUUCACCACUAAAAGGACCAGUGAAUGUAGAAAAUAAAAAUCUCAUGUCACUUCUCAACAUCA